GAGUUACAUCCACAAAUGCCUCGGAAGCGGCAGGCUGCCUGCAUCCUCCUCACAUUCCUGGGUCUGUCUGGGCUGGUUGGCGCCGUUACCAGAACAUACUACCUUGGGAUUGUGGAAGAGUACUGGAACUAUGUCCCCCAAGGGAAGAACAUCAUUACUGGGCGAAGUUUCUCAGAAGACAAACUUGCAACCUUAUUUCUCGAAAGAGGGCCCAACAGGAUAGGCAGUCUUUACAAAAAGGCUGUUUACAGACACUACACAGAUGAGACCUACUCCACGGAGAUCCCCAAACCUCCCUGGCUUGGCUUCCUGGGCCCCAUCUUGAGGGCUGAAGUGGGUGACGUGAUUGUCAUCCAUCUGAAGAACUUUGCUUCCCGACCUUACUCGUUGCAUCCACACGGCGUUUUCUACAACAAAGAUUCAGAAGGAGCCCUGUACCCAGAUGGAACAUCUGGAAGGAAUAAGGAUGAUGACAGGGUUCCUCCUGGCAAAAACUAUACCUAUGUCUGGCCAGUGAGAGAAGAAUAUGCCCCUGCUCCAGCGGAUGCAAACUGCCUGACCUGGGUGUACCAUUCACACAUUGAUGCCCCUAAGGACAUCUGCUCUGGGCUAAUUGGCCCACUGCUAGUGUGCAAAGAAGGUAUCCUGCAUAAAUAUUCAGGGACGAGGACUGAUGUGGAUCGCGAGUUUGUUAUAAUGUUUACUUUGGUGGAUGAGAAUCAAAGCUGGUACCUGGAUGAAAAUAUCAGACAUUUCUGCACUGAUCCUGAUUCAGUUGACAAACACGAUGCUGUUUUCCAGAGGAGUAACAAAAUGCAUGCCCUCAAUGGAUACCUCUUUGGAAACUUCCCCGAGCCUGACAUGUGUGUGGGCGAAUCGGUGUCCUGGCACCUAUUUGGGAUGGGGAAUGAGAUAGAUAUCCAUUCCAUCUAUUUUUAUGGUAACACCUUCAUCAGCAGAGGGCAUCGGACCGAUGUCGUCAACCUGUUCCCAGCCACCUUCCUGACAGCAGAAAUGAUAGUUGAGAAUCCUGGGAAGUGGAUGAUAACCUGCCAAGUCAGUGAUCACCUCCAAGCUGGCAUGCUGGGGCAAUACAAUGUUGGUAACUGCAAAAGUGGUACUUCUCACCCCAAGAUGAAGGGUCAGCAGAGGCACUACUUCAUAGCAGCUGAAAAAAUUCUUUGGGAUUAUGGUCCUCAAGGCUAUAAUAAAUUCAGCGGUCUUCCCCUAAAUGCCUCCGGCAGUGGCUCUGAGCUCUACUUCACCCAAGGGGACAACAGAAUAGGAGGAAGAUAUUGGAAGGCUCGCUAUACAGAGUAUGUUGAUGCAACUUUCACUCAAAGAAAGAGACUCUCCGAGGCAGAAGCCCACCUUGGAAUUCUUGGCCCUGUCAUCAAGGCAGAGGUGGGUGAUACCCUGUUGGUGACCUUUGCCAACAAAGCGGACAAAGUCUACAGUAUUUUGCCACACGGUGUGAUCUAUGACAAAGCCUCUGAUGCCGCCCCAAACCUAGAUGGAUUUCUGAAGCCAGGGGCACAUGUGAAGCCAGGUGAGACCUUCACAUACAGGUGGACGGUGCCUGAAAGCGUGAGCCCAACAGCUGAUGAUCCCCCCUGCCUGACCUAUCUUUACUUCUCAGCGGUUGAGCCCAUCAAGGACACCAGCUCUGGCCUUGUAGGGCCUUUGCUAGUCUGUAAAAAGGGCACUCUCAAUGCUGAUGGGACACAGAAAGGAAUAGACAAGGAAUUUUACCUACUAUUCACCGUCUUUGAUGAGAAUCUGAGCAGGUAUCUUGAUGAAAAUGUUCAGAAGUUUACCUGGCGUCCCUUUGCUGUUGACAAGGAGGACAAAGAGUUUGUGAAGUCCAACCGAAUGCACGCUAUUAACGGCUUUAUGUAUGGCAACCAACCAGGCCUAACCAUGUGCAAAAAGGAUAGAGUUUCCUGGCAUUUGAUUGGAAUGGGCACCGACACUGACAUGCAUGGAGUUUAUUUUCAAGGAAACACUAUCCACUUACGAGGGACUCACCGCGACUCCCUGGCCCUGUUUCCCCACGUGGCCACGACGGCAUUCAUGCAGCCGGACCGGGCAGGUAUCUUCAGGGUGUUCUGCUCCACCCUGCACCAUUUCGAGAGAGGCAUGAAUCAGAUCUAUGAGGUCAGCAGCUGCGGCAACAAGGACCCUUCUGAGCAGCCCUAUGGGAUGAUAAGAACCUUUUACAUCGCUGCUGAAGAGGUAGAAUGGGAUUAUGCCCCUAACAAAAACUGGGAGUUCGAAAAGCAGCACUUGGACGCAGGAAGGGAAAGACAUGGAGAUAUAUUUAUGAACCACACUGAAAACUGGAUCGGCUCUCAGUACAAGAAGGUGGUUUACAGGGAAUACACCAAUGGAGAAUUUGUGGAGAUCAAAGCCCGACCGCCAAGAGAGGAGCACUUGGCACUCCUGGGCCCAAUGAUUCAUGCCGAGGUGGGCGACUCCAUCCUCAUCGUAUUUAUGAAUAAGGCCAACCGGCCCUACUCCAUCUCAGCCCAGGGUGUGGAAGACAUGGAUACUGGGAGACAACUCCAAGUGCCCAUCACAAAGCCAGGAGAAAUAAAAACCUAUAGAUGGACCGUCCCUAAAAGGUCUGGCCCAGGGCCAUCUGACCCCAAUUGUAUUCCGUGGGUUUAUUAUUCAACAGUAAACUUUGUGAAGGAUACAUAUAGUGGUUUGAUGGGUCCUCUGAUUACAUGCAGAGAAGGCGUGUUGAAUGAGAAGGGAAGAAGAAGCGAUGUUGAUUAUGAAUUUGCUCUCUUGUUUUUGGUAUUUAAUGAGAAUGAAUCCUGGUAUCUGGAUGAGAAUAUUAAGAAGUAUCUUAAUAAAGAUCCACGAGAUUUUAAGCCCUCUGAUGAUUUUGAGGAGAGCAACAAAAUGCAUGCUAUUAAUGGCAAGAUUUUUGGGAAUCUUCAUGGUCUCAUCAUGAAUGAAGAUUCCAUGACAAACUGGUAUUUGUUAGGAAUAGGAAGUGAAGUGGACAUACAUACCGUCCAUUACCAUGCUGAGAGCUUUCUCUUUAAGAUAGAUAAAUCUUACCGAGAAGAUGUAUAUGACCUCUUUCCCGGGACCUUCCAAACCAUCGAACUGUUUGCAGAUCACCCAGGGACCUGGCUGUUACAUUGUCAUGUGUCUGACCACAUCCAUGCUGGCAUGGAAACAACCUACACAGUCCUGCGGAACAUAGACAACAGGAUUCCUUACUCCACGAAGUCCCCCGGAGGAGCACCCCAGCCAGCCACCGUGCCCUCCAACGAAGAACCCGGCAAGGAGCAGCUCUACUUCUUCGGCAAGAAUCUGGGUCCCAGAGGAGCCAAAGCAGCCUUGGUCAUCCUUUUCAUCAUCGGACUCUUCCUCCUGAUGGUCACGGUGAUUCUCUCGCUCUGCCUGCGCUGGGCGAGAAAGCAGGUGGCGUACCAGGAGGUCCAGUCCUGCGCGCUUCCCACGGAUGCUCUGUGAACCGGCGGGGCUUCCUCAGCAGGGAAACUGGACCAGGGCAUCGUUCAACGAAGGAAGGCUGACACUGUUUCCUGGAUCAGGCUCGGAUCCUCUGGGACACAUUCAAAGCAAUUUGCUUUUCUUUAUUUAUUUUUAAAUGGGCUGUGAAUAAUCCUCAGGUAUAAAAUAGGGGGAAAAAAGGAAUGGGCAUGACUGAGAAAACAGACUCGGUCUGUCCUCUGAAUGAAUUCGGCCAAGGGGGAAGUCUCUCUGACAGACACCUUUGUCUUCCACCUUUCAGAGUUCUUAGGUUAGACAGUGCUUCCUUAAUGAACCGUCGAAGUUUGCAGAUGGGCAAUUCCUGGAAAGACUUACACGGCUUCGGAGGCCUAACUGGAAUGGCACUGAUUUUUCAAUACCCAGCUUCCCUUAGUUGUUCCAGGGGAAAAAUCACUUUCUGAGGAUCUCAUGAAAAUGUCUAAAUCAGUAUCGGCUGAUAGAAUUUGACCAAAUGAAUUUCGGGGGGACUUUAGCCAGCUUCCCUGGCCUUUUCCUCUCUAAUAUAAAUAGCCUGUGUCCUAUUUGCUACAAAAGGCAAAGUUAUAUGCAUUUUAAAGAAAUUCUGCUGCUUUUAUGCAAACUGGUAGAGAUACUUGAAUGUUUACAACUCACUUCAUAUUAUACAUUUUUACAAUAUGUUUCUGUGGUGAUGUUUGUGUUUUCAAAAAUCAACUAGAGCAUUUGUAUUUGCGUUUCAGAAUGUGGAAGGCUGGAAUCUGAAAGAGCAGGCUAGGUUCUCCCACUGGGAGUCAGAGACUCCCUGAGAGUUUCGUGGGAGCUUCUAAGGGGGAGGAAGACUUUGCAGGAGGCGAGUCUAAGCUUGAAUCUUGAAUCUGAUUUUUCAUUCAGUAAGAAGGAUCUUUCCCAGUCUCCAUCUUUUAUGAAAAAGACAGUCUCAGCAUGAGAGAAACACCAGGAAGAAUUCAUCAACGCAAGUUGAUUGGUUGGGAGGAGACAAGGGCUCACAAAAUCCUUGCGUCCAUGUCUCUUAAAGACAUAGCCUUUGGUGGGAAGAGAAAAGAAAAGGUGAGGAAAAGAAAGUCCCAGUGGCAAUUUUUUUAAAACCAAUAAUCAGCUUUGAGAUAUGUUUGACAGUUUUCAAGGCUCAAAUGCAAAAUACUGAACAACUCAACCCAUCACGAGACAAUGCAUACUCUCUGUGUGCCUGCCCAAACUUUAGGUGUAGGAUUGAUAAAAGCAAUAUUGUUUAUUACUAGACUGAGAGAUUGCCCUUAGCUCAGGGCAAAAUGCCCUGCGAUGCCCAUGCUGCUGCCAAAUGAAUGAUAUUAGCACAUCUGCCCAGGCAGUGGAUCAUUUGGCUGUCCAGGUGAAUGAGUAGGACCUAGUAAAUGUGCUGGUGGAGGGACCUUUCAUACUUUCUCAUCUUCGUCUUGGUGAGGGGAAAUGGGUAAUUUGAUAGAUGCUCAGUCUUACAUAAAACAGGAUGUGGAUGCUCAGAGUUCCAUUCAUGGUUUGCUUGCACGUCAUAUCAAACAUGGUACCCAGGGAUUUUGAAUUCCAGCCUGCUAACUACCGAUAAUGUGAUUUUGUAGUAGGUGCUCUAUGAUCUUUUCUUACGUAUG